UAGCAGCUCUUACUGUAGAGUGGCAUUUGGAAGAGCUGGGGAGAAGAUGUGCUCUUCCUGCUGACCCCGACGGUCACUGUCUGGGUUAGGGGGCAGCCAGUGUUGCUGUAGCUCUGGGUUCUGGACUCUCACAGCAAACAACUUGGAGUCUCUUCAUCAGUUUGUCUGCAGAUGAUCAGACCCUAAGAAACUGAGCUCUUUCUGUCUAAACACACAGGAAACUUCCUAUGCUGAGAAAUCAGCUUAAAGAUUUACAACCAGGCACAGACCGGAUGCUGCGAUUUUCUAGUCACCUCGCUUUGCUAGGGGUUGGGAAACUUUGAAAAACGGUGGCGUCUAUUUUGAGGACUUUGCCAGACUGAGUCUGUAGACAAACACACGUCAAAUGCCCUUGGAUUACAGUCAUUAUUGCCAGCAGAUUGAUCGUGUCCUGUGCUGAAGAUGUUUCCGGAACAACAGAAAGAGGAAUUUGUAAGUGUCUGGGUUCGAGAUCCUAGGAUUCAGAAGGAGGACUUCUGGCAUUCUUACAUUGACUAUGAGAUAUGUAUUCAUACUAAUAGCAUGUGUUUUACAAUGAAAACAUCCUGUGUACGAAGAAGAUACAGAGAAUUCGUGUGGCUGAGGCAGAGACUCCAAAGUAAUGCGUUGCUGGUACAACUUCCAGAACUUCCAUCUAAAAACCUGUUUUUCAACAUGAACAAUCGCCAGCAUGUGGAUCAGCGUCGCCAGGGUCUGGAAGAUUUCCUCAGAAAAGUCCUACAGAAUGCACUUUUGCUUUCAGAUAGCAGCCUUCACCUCUUCUUACAGAGCCAUCUGAAUUCAGAAGACAUUGAGGCCUGUGUUUCUGGGCAGACUAAGUAUUCUGUGGAAGAAGCAAUUCACAAGUUUGCCUUGAUGAACAGACGUUUCCCUGAAGAAGAUGAAGAAGGAAAAAAAGAAAAUGAUAUAGAUUAUGAUUCAGAAAGUUCAUCCUCUGGGCUUGGACACAGUAGUGAUGACAGCAGUUCACAUGGAUGUAAAGUAAAUACAGCUCCGCAGGAAUCCUGAAAAAUAAUUCUAAUGUUACUAUCUUAGGAAUAGCAAAUUAUGUCCAGUCAUAGAGAAGAAAGCUUCGUAAUAAUACAUUCUUACCUAAAGCUCACUGUCAUGAUGUUAGGUAUUUAAAUUCUUAAAGCUGUUGGGUUGUUUAUUAGUGGUAUUUUUAUGUUGUCUUAUUUUAGGUAGGCUUCUGUGUAAAGCUAAAAAUCCUGUGAAUGCAAUACUAUCCUUUACAGGCAGACAUUAUUGGUAAACAAGAUCUUGCCCUCAAAUGAAAUGACUUACAUGCUUUAAAAAAACCUAGUUGGUUUUACUGAAUUUAAAAAGAUAGGCAACUAAGUAGCAUUUAAAAUCAAGAUAGAGCAUUCCUUCUUGUAUCAGUGGGGCAGCGUCACCGUAAACGGUAAACACGGUGUAUAUGUUGUUAACCCCUAUGAAGAGUAACAGUGUAGACCAGACUGCCUCUCUCAGACAUGUGGCUGAUAUUUUGUGGAUACCUCCUGUGCACUGGCAAAACACUAUAUGCUUUUGGGUGUUCGACUGAAAUAUUUUAAGAGUAUUUAACCUUUCCAGUAUUCUGUUUCACGCUUAGAUGGAAAUGUAUCUUAUGAAUAGAGACAUAUUAAAAUAAUGUUUACAUCUUAGAAAAAACAUAGAUAGUGCUAGUAAUAUUACUUAUAAUUCCAGUAUAUAGAUUCAGAAAUAACAUUUUAAUUGUCCAAAAUCAGCUUCAACAAAUGGUUUCUGGAGACAAAUCAUUUUUUUCAUUAUCAUUGCAUAAUUAGAACUACAGGUUAAUGAUUUAUUUUUUGACUAAAUGUGCAAUUUCUUAUCACUAGAUAACUUUCAGUAUCAGUGGUGGUUACUUACUACUUAGAGGAAGGAUUUUAUAAAAAUUAAUAAAUUUAAUUUUACCAAUAAAUAUUCCCAUAAUUUAGAAAAGGAUGUCGACUUGCUAAUUUCAGAAAUAAUUAUUCAUUUUUUAAAAACCCCUUCUUUUAAAGCAUGUACUUGAAGAUUGGUAUAAUUUUCAUAAAAUGUCUUUUUUUUUAAUGUCCCAAAGAUAUCUUAGAUAAACUAUUUUGAACUUCAGAUUUCAGAUGAGGCAACAUUUUCUUGAGAUAAUUAGCCAAGUUUCUUCCAUGUUGAAUGGUACAAAAUAUUUCUGUGAAACUAACAGGAAGAUAUUUUCAGAUAACUAGGGUAACUUGUUGCUUUGUCACCCAGCCUAAUUGAAGAGUGGCAGAAGCUACUACAAAAAGCAACCUUUUCAUUUUCACUAGGAGUUUAAAAGCUAUUGUAUUAUUAAAAAGUCUUUACAAUGCUUGUUUCAAAGAACCAACAGAAAAAAAAGCUAACAAAACUAAGAACUAACAUUUAAAAACUUAAAUUUAGAAUGAUUUCUUUAAUUUGUCCUUUUUUUCUUUGGUCUAAAACAUUUUUUUGUAAAUAUUUUGA